GCCUGACUCUCUACACUUAGAUUGGGCUUUAUUACCUUCCAAGAGUAUCCUUCCGCGAGAAGAACCUGCCACAGUAUUCGCACUGGUGGCUCUUCUCCUUUAUAUGCACCGAUUGAUGGUGCCGCUGCAAAUCCGUCUUCCGCCGAAACCUCUUCAUGCAAUCAGGCAAUGGGCAAAUAAACGGAUGGACUCGAUCCGCAUCAUGUGUUUCCAUGUGGGCUCGAUAGUUAUAGCUCCGAUUGAACAGCUUGCCACAGCCGUCCACUGUGCACUCAUAGUUGCCGUCCUCGCGUGUCGUCACUAUCCGGGGGCGCUUUUCUUGGCUCGGGGUUGUGCGGGAGCUUCCAGCAUUUGUGCUGCUGGAUCCCAGCACUACGCCCUCUGCCCCGGAGUCAUAGCUUAGACUGGAAUCUGCACCAGUAAAGCUUGACCCCGUGGGUGGCACGGGGGACAGCCAAUCCUCUGUAUCCAAUACAUUAUCCAAGACAUAUGGGUUAGAUGGCUGGCACGAAGAUAGAUCGACUAGCCCAGGGUCCCAAUGGACAGAGCUAUCCAUCAUUUGACUACUGCCAGACUCAUUGUAGGUACCGUCAGGUGGGUAAUAUUGUGGGCCUGACAAUGGAAAUGGAAUCUGUCCUGGGGAUGUAGCUAGGUUUGACGGGACAACAUCCAUCGAAUAAGGGUUAUAGCUCUGUGGUAGUGCAUAAUCGGCGACCUGCCGGGGUGAAUUCAAAUCGGUGAAGGCAGACGCAGUUGAUUGCUGAGGAUAGGGAGACGUGAACGACGAGCCCGCAAAUGCAUAGUCGCCAGUCGGGCUUCCGAAAGGUUCAUGAUCCGAUAUGGUCAUUGAUUGCAUGCUUGUAUUUGCAUCAUUGCAUGACUGUUGGCUAGGAGGCAAAUAUCCCCGCUGAAAAUCAUGGUAUGACGGACUCGGGGACCGUGUAUGUGAAGGCCUACUCAUGUUGACGGUAGCACUGGUGGUGUUUUGAUAGAGAGCCGGUGAGUCAACCGGCCCAGGCAGAGGUUGAUAUCUUUGAGAAUAUCCGCGGAGAUGUGACAACUUGAAGAUAAAAAUGAAAAUAUAUGAAAGUAUUUUGCAUCUGGAUAGAAGUGAUUGUACCAAGAAGUGUCAAUCCGAGAAACGAAAUGGGAAUACUUACACUUAUAUAACAUCUAGCCAAAGGCAAGUGGAUGUCGGAGAAGCAAUAUAAACAACAUUAGCCUCUUAAUAAUAACAUCGUCGAGGGUUGUUGGACACUGAAUAGGCAUGGUGGAAGAGCAGUUCAGGGCCCAACGUGGCUGUCUGCCUAACUCUGCCUUGGCCGGCCCCGGUGAAUCUCGAUCUAUUUUCAGGGCGACAAGCGCUUCUUUUCACGAUAAUUGUCCAGGCCAAAGUCUAUGAAGACACAUUGCCAAGGCAGUGAAUAAGGAUGGCACCUCCUGUAGUUUUGGCGCAGGCAUCAGUGAGGUAAUUGCACAUGUCCAUCAGGUGUACCUAGAAAGAACUAUUGACACGUCUCGAGAUGCGGCAACUGCGACGGCGGAAUUCGCCCUCAGUUAGGCAUGACUCGUCUUUUGGGUCCAUUGGGAUACAUAACUGUAGAUAUUCCAGCACAAUUGUCGUUUUCUCCCUGCAUUGAGCAAUACUGUCACGGGAUAUCACCCAAAGCAUUUUUCAGCCACAAUCGCCCUAAUCGCCCUAAUCGCCCCCAACUUCAAUCGUGUCUGCCUGAUAAACAGAAAAAGGUUCUAUAUCGGGAAAUGGUAGAGUUAUAGAGAGUACAGUAUGUAUUUGAGACACUGGAGAUACAAUCCAUAGGUUUGCGGUGUUUGUUGGUGGAGUCACAAUUAUAAUUAAGGUGGGUAAGUCGAGUGACUGCAAGUGCUCAGGCACCACACCUCGUCUCGUGCUCUGGAGCAUAAGAGCCAAACUUCCUGACCAAAAAACGCGACCUUCACGUUCCAUGCACUUCAACCUAGCAUAAUAUCAACACUUCCAUUUGUCUCCAAAAUGAAGUUCAACAUAGAUGACCUUCCAGUCCUCUUCCCAUAUCCAAGAAUCUACCCAGAGCAAUAUGCAUACAUGUGCGAUCUCAAGAGGACCCUCGAUGCUGGGGGUCAUUGCGUCUUGGAGAUGCCCUCGGGGACCGGAAAAACGGUCUCUCUCCUUUCGUUGAUCGUGGCAUACCAACAGUACUAUCCCGAGCACCGCAAGCUGAUAUACUGUUCACGCACAAUGUCCGAGAUCGAGAAGGCCCUUGCAGAGUUGAAAGCCCUCAUGAACUAUAGGACUGAACAGCUUGGUCGCGUGGAGGAAUUUAGAGGCCUUGGUCUGACAAGUAGGAAGAACCUCUGUUUGCAUCCUUCCGUGAAGCGGGAGAAGAGCGGAGCAAUUGUCGAUGCUCGCUGCCGGAGCCUUACGGCCGGGUUUGUGAAAGACAAGAAAGAGAAUGGCGAGGACGUCGAACUUUGCACAUACCACGAGAACCUGGACCUACUUGAGCCGCAUGAUCUGAUACCAAAUGGCGUGUGGACGUUGGAUGGCAUUAUGCGGUACGGCGAGGAGCACAAGCAAUGCCCAUAUUUCACAUCGCGGCGAAUGAUGCCAUUUUGCAACGUCAUAAUCUACUCGUACCAUUACCUUCUCGACCCAAAGAUCGCAGAACGUGUGUCGAAAGAGCUUUCGAAAGACUGCAUUGUAGUCUUUGACGAAGCUCACAACAUCGACAACGUCUGUAUUGAGUCUUUGAGUACGGAUAUUACUGAGGACUCAUUACGAAAGGCUACGAGGGGAGCACAGAAUCUAGAAACCAAGAUUUGCGAAAUUAAGGACACUGAUGCGGAGAAACUUCAGAAUGAAUAUGCGAAACUGGUCGAGGGGCUUCGUGAAGCAGAUGAAGCUCGGGAAGAGGAUACGUUCAUGUCAAAUCCAGCUUUGCCAGAUGACCUGCUCAAAGAAGCGGUCCCGGGAAAUAUUCGUCGAGCCGAACAUUUUGUUGCAUUUUUGAAGCGUUUUGUGGAAUACUUGAAGACACGGAUGAGAGUUCGACAAGUAAUUUCCGAAACACCCUUGUCCUUCCUAGCACAUCUCAAGGAGACAACAUUCAUCGAAAGAAAGCCCCUUCGGUUUUGUGCGGAGAGGUUGACCUCGCUCGUUCGGACGUUGGAAUUGACAAACAUUGAAGAUUACCAACCUCUUCAACAAGUUGCUACGUUCGCUACACUGGUUGCAACAUAUGAGAAAGGAUUUCUUCUCAUACUUGAGCCAUAUGAGUCAGAUACAGCGGAGGUGCCAAAUCCUGUUCUGCAUUUUACAUGUCUUGAUGCUGCAAUCGCAAUCAAGCCGGUCUUUGACAGAUUCAGCUCAGUGAUUAUCACAUCAGGGACAUUAUCUCCGCUAGAGAUGUAUCCCAAAAUGCUCAACUUCACAACAGUUGUGCAGGAAACAUAUCAGAUGACACUCGCACGGCGAUCAUUCUUGCCAAUGAUUGUGACCCGCGGCAGUGACCAGGUGGCUAUAUCUUCUGGCUUUCAAGUUCGCAACGAGCCCAGCGUAGUAAGGAACUACGGUAACUUACUUACCGAAUUUUCCAAAAUCACGCCUGAUGGUAUGGUGGUCUUCUUUCCAUCAUACCUCUACAUGGAGUCGAUCAUCAGCAUGUGGCAGGGGAUGGGAAUUUUGGACGAGGUUUGGAAAUACAAGCUUAUCCUUGUCGAGACGCCCGAUGCCCAAGAGACAUCUUUGGCGCUUGAGACUUAUCGGACCGCUUGCUGCAACGGGCGCGGGGCCAUCCUUCUCUGUGUAGCUCGUGGUAAGGUUUCCGAAGGUAUCGAUUUUGACCAUCAAUAUGGUAGAACGGUGUUGUGUAUUGGCGUUCCUUUCCAAUAUACAGAGUCUCGAAUUCUCAAGGCAAGACUCGAAUUUCUGCGGGAGACAUACCGCAUCCGAGAGAACGAUUUCCUAUCUUUCGAUGCAAUGCGUCAUGCGUCUCAGUGCCUGGGCCGUGUACUGAGAGGUAAAGACGAUUACGGGAUAAUGGUUCUCGCUGAUCGUCGAUUUAUGAAAAAGAGGGCGCAACUUCCAAGUUGGAUCAACAACGCCGUGAUGGAUUCGGACACGAAUCUCAGUAUCGACAUGGCCGUUAGUAGUGCCAAGAAAUUCUUAAAGAAUAUUGCUCAGCCGUUCAAGCAAGAGGAUCACGAAGGCAUCAGUACUUGGAGCGUAACCGAUUUACGGAAGCACCAAGAGAAGGAGGACGAAGAGAAGAUCCGAGAGUUGCAGGGUGGUGCAACAUUGGAAAACUUACGACACGGCAAUGAACAAGACGUGAUCAUGGGCGAUGAGUAUGGUAUGGAUGAUGAGGAGUUUGAGGCCGGCAUGAUGGAAUUAGAUGGAUAAUAAAAGGAGCGAUUGCAAUUCCGGUGUUUGGGGAAACAUAUGCGAAUGGGUGGAUGGGUUCCCACAACAGCAACUUGGCAACAGGUAUAACUAGAAU